UUCUGGUGAACGAACUGAGACUCCAGAAGAUAAUGUACACGAGAUGGAUGUGGAAUCACAUUCACCCGGUCCACGGACAAGCGGUCGGGUAGUGCGCAAGCCGUUGCGUUUUCGGGAUGAUAUUGAUAAAUGAUUAUUGGUAGCGAGUAGUGUGGUUAAAGUAACCAGUGCUUUGUGGAAAUUUUAAUGGGUUAAUGCAUAGUGAAAUAUUGCGUGACCAGGGAGAAAGAAACGGUUGUAUUAUUAUGUAUUAUUCGAUUCUCAUAUAUGUUUAAGAAAAUGUUCUACAUUCAGUUGAGUAACAGACAAUCUCAAAAGGAGGGAGAUGUCACGAUACUAUUCGGUACUAUAUGAGUAAUAUAGUGUUAGAGCCACCCGGGAAGGUUCUUAGAAUCAAAACUGAAACCGACUUGUUAUUCAUGAUCUGGUUCUGUGUGAACUGGUUGUGUUAUUGAGUUGCUUGUUAAUAAAUGUGUUCUGUUCAUUAAAAGCUAUAUAGUUCGUGGUAUCCUGAACGCGACAGUUAGAUAAGUAGGAAAAUACUAUUCACAAAAUAACCAUGAGUUAGGCACCCUACGUCAUUGAUAGACGGGCGCAGUGUUCUGUAAUAGCUGUGGGCUACAGUACUCUGCUCCGGGAGCAAUCUAACUUUUAAAUAAAAUUUAAAAUGGCAACACGUAUCAUUUCUCUACGGUCAACCUUGGUGGCAAUAGAGAAAGCCACGAGACAUAAUGUUCCAUUCGCCUUUGAUCAUGAUUUUUGUUCGACAUUUGGAUCUCUGCAAUAUCUUGUAACAGAUAACGAAUAAAAGUCCAAACCAUUUCAAGCGGUGGUUACAGUACAUGCUAUGGCGUACAUGUGUGCGAUGGCUAAACUGCGCAUUUGCCGGAUUUGGAAUAGAGCAUCUCAUUUCAAUGCUGAUCUGUUUUCCUAUCUUUUCAGUUUUCUCCUGUUGUGAAGUCCUGCUUACAUUGAACGGAAGACUUAAGUCAUCACGAACACGAUCUUCUGCUUCAAAGAGAGUGAAGCAUCAAGCCGUCAAUCACCUCCUUGUGUUAUAUUAUUUUAUUGACAUUUUACUAUAAUGGCACCACCACGGGGACCUCUAUUUCUUUUCAUCGAACCACUUGUGAGAGACAUUUUGACUGGCAAUGUGGCUGGUGGAUGUCAAUCAAUCAAAAAAAGCAUUGAGCUGUGCCGCAAUAAUGUUCUUGGUGCCCGAACACGGCUAUACCUUCAAGUGCAUAAUAUGUUGUAUGAUGAUGUGAAGGCUGCCAAUAUACAAACAUCCAUAAAGAAACUUCCUUUGGCACAUCAUCGUGAUUUUAGAAGCAAAGUGAAGAGCUGCUUUCUUUACAAUACAAUCGAGCGGAUAUGUAUUAGAGAGAAGUGGGCUAAGCAAGUGUUGUGUGCUCAUGGCACCUCUACUCAGGAACCUUUUCCAUCAUCAAGUGUUUUGAAACGGGCUUUGGAGAGGAAAUUCUGUGAAUUGUUGAGAAUGGCUGAGUUGGUCCGGCCUAGAUGUGCACAGAAUAAAUUGCUUGCUUUGGUUGAUGAUGCAUUGCAAUACAGUAAAGAUAAUGUUAAAAACCACAAUGAACAGGAAGAUGUGGAUACUGAUGAAGAUACAAGAGAGGACCACUCAACCACCAGUUAUCCAUGCAGACAAGGAGGCGAUGGCAGUGAAGAUCGAUGGUGUGCAGCGAAUCACCCAGGAGAUACACACGCAGAAGUACCAACAGGCACUGAUCUCCAAGAGCUGCAAGGCGGAGGAGGGACCGGACAUAAAGGAGGGCAUGAUCAAGCAGAAGAAAACUUAAUUCCUCCGACACCUCGUAAGGUCUUCAAAAAAGCUGCUGCCUUCCGUAGCAUCAUGUUCCAAGCUAGAAAAAGGUCCCACAAAUCUACCCAAAAGAAGUCCCCCAUAAUUUUUACCAAUUGUGCAGUCCAACAGGAUCAGCUGCCUCUAAUUGAACCUGUCUCUUCCCCGACAUCAUUCAAAAGGGCGUGUCUGAGAAGGCGAUGUGCGCAACCAAGGCCACGUUCUUCAGAAAUUCAUAGUGUGGAAUUGGAGGUGCAUGAAU